AGCUUCUGAGUUAUGCACUGCAGAGAACCGUGGGCCUCUAGUUUCUUGGCAAGGGGAGGGCAGAGGAACACAAACUGUGGGUGGACCCCUGUGACAAUGUAGAUCAGGCACCUAAACCCUCCCUGGUUGAAAAACACUAGUACCAUGAAUGCUUACAGUUGUUAGUACUGCUGUAGAUCCAGGAGGCUGCUAGUUUAAGUUUAAUUCCAUGGAUAAUACAGGCUUACGCUGAAUAAUACCAGGUGGACAAGGACUAGUAGUCUGCUUAGUGCAGGUAAAAAGGAUUUGUGUCCAGACCCCUGCUUUGCUGCUCCAGAGAGAAAAACCCGCAACGCCAAGCCAGGAAUGUCCAAUCCCACACCAGAAACUCGGGCCCGUCCGGACCAGCCUGAGAGUGAUGGGUCGUCCGAACCGUCACCCCAGGCUUUGAGGAAGCCACCUGGGCAUCUGAAGUUGGCACGCAGCCUUUCUAAAUUAGACUGCGACCUGCUGGCUUCCCCUCAUUGUGAGGACGUCGGGCCUCUUGGUGGCCGGAGCGAAUCCCGGUCCAACUGUGCUGCUGAGAGGAAGGAAAUGGAGCAGAUGCCCUCGUUUGCCUCUGAAUGGGACGAGAUUGAAAAGAUCAUGAGUCUAAUUGCCAGCAUCGAGAUCUCCAAGGAGCAUCACCCUGCAUCGGAAGAUGCAGCUGGGGGCCGCGUGCUGGAGCAGUCGGUGGGGGAGUGGCUGGAACAUGUGGGCUUUCCUCAGUACGAGAGCAAACUGGUGCUCAAUGGCUUCGAUGACCUGCGUUACAUGGGGAGUAACGUGAUGGAAGACGAGAACCUUCACGAAAUUGGCAUCACCGACCCAGGCCACAGAAAAAAAAUCCUUCAUGCAGCAAAAAGCCUUCCAAAGGUGAAAGCUCUGGGGUGUGACGGCAGCACCUCUCUGUCCUCAUGGCUGGAAACUCUGGGUCUUGGAGAGUAUCUGCACAACUUCCUGUCUAGCGGCUACCGCACCCUGGACUGCGUGAAGAACCUGUGGGAGCUUGAAAUUGUUAAUGUGUUGAAAAUUGGCCUUCUUGGUCACAGAAAAAGAAUCAUAGCCUCGAUAGCUGAGCGACCGUAUGAGGAAGCACCUUCGAAAUCCAAACGCUUUUCCCAACUCAAGAUUCAGGACCUGUUGUCUCAAAAUACGUCACCGCUCAGUUAUAUGGAUCCGUACACCAGUCGUUCCAUGGAUAUGUUGCUUCCGCUGGGAGAAUCAGGCAGAAAGAGCAGAGCAUUGGAUCAGGAUGGCAGUAUCUCCCUUCGCUCCUUCGGUGAAAGAUCACGCUCACAUGACCGUCAUGCAGAUCGACAUUCACGCCCAAGUAUUCGCCCUUCCAGCCACUCUGCCACAUAUACCACAGUCUCCACCUGGCACCAUCACCCUGAUAAACUCAUCACCGAGUCCUGCGUUUAUGAGGCUAGAACACAGACCUAUGAGAUCAUCCUGACGCUGGGACAGGCGUUUGAGGUAGCAUAUCAGAUGGCUCUCCAGGCACAGAAGGCCCGCCGUCACAGUUCAUAUGCUGGUCCAGCCGCCGAAAACAUAGAACCCAAGACCAACAGGCCCACCUCGCAGUCCCGCAACAGUAUGCGCCGUUCCACCGGUGCACCUGUGCUUGAAUGCUGCUGCUGUUACUGUCACACGUGCUCCGCCCACCGCCCCUCCUACCUCCCGCUGCCCUCUAUCAGCCCUGGAGUUCAGGUUCUGCUCUCUCUCUCUCUUCCUCACAUUCUCCAGCACUCUUCUUCCUGCUACGUCUCUGGCUUUCUCUUCCCUGCCACUUAUUCACUUUACUAA